AUGGAGGCUUGUGUCUUCCGUCGUGCAAAGGAAUUCUCGACGUCGUUUGCGGUCGAUUUGCCUCACAGUGCUGCAGUUUGGUUGUUGGUCAUGCAUGGGUGCUGCGCGUGGUUGUUGAAAUUGCUUGAAUGGUGGACAUUCCCAAAGCAACAGUUUGUUGCUAAGACUGCGUGGAGUUGGUUCUCGAAUUUGAAAGUGGGCUUGGCUGGGCCCGGGUGUUACAAUACUUGUCUCCAAGAUUUUUGUGUUGCACAUACCAACAGUCAAGUGGUCGUCAAUGGUUUCGCAUGCAAGGAUCCUGAGACAGUUCAAGCCAACGAUUUUCCCUCCAGUGGACUACAUAUAGCAGGCAACACAUCAAAUCUAGUCGGUUCAAAGGUGACCGUUGUGACAGCCGGCCAAAUACCAGGACUUGACACUCUUAGCAUUUCACUUGCUCGUAUUGACUAUGCACCGUGGGGCAUCAACCCUCCCCACACCCAUCCUUGUGCCUCCGAUAUCUCGACAGUCUUGAAAGGUAGUCUUGAAGUUGGGUUCCUCACCAGCUCCAAUCCCGAAAAUCUCCAUAUCACAAAAGUGAUACAAAAGGGUGAUGUGUUUGUAUUUCCAGUUGACCUCAUCCAUUACCAAAGAAAUGUUGGCAAUGGAAAUGCCAUCGCCAUUGCUGCUUUUAGCAGUCGAAACCCUUGUGUUAUCACCGUAGCAAAUUUUGUGUUUGGGUCGAAUCCAGAUAUUGCGAGUGACAUUCUAGUGAAGGCAUUCCAGGUGGAUAAGAAUGUCAUCACCCAUAUCUAG